AUACUCCGGAACUGUGCCAUGACUGAACCGCCGUCGCCUCCCAACGCUUCUCUCCACUCGUAAAAAAAAAAAAAAAAAAAAACGCGAAACCAGUCAGACCAGUCUCGAGCAGACAUGGCAGCCGACCGGACCGGCACAGCACUCGGGGAAAGCGGGGACGUUCAUUUAAUUGACGAAGAACCGUUUGAAGAACACGGCAGGUAUGCCCCGAAGAGACAUGCCCGGGUCACGGUGAAAUACAACCGGAAAGAGCUGCAGAGACGGCUUGAUGUGGAGAAGUGGAUUGAUGAGCGUCUGGACGUGCUCUACGCUGGUCAGGAGGGAGAUAUGCCAGAAGAGGUGAAUAUUGAUGACUUAAUUGACCUACCUGAUGACGUGGAGCGCAUUAAAAAAUUGCAGGAGUUGCUUCAAACCUGUAAUAGUGACACAGAGGCCUUCAUCAAAGAGCUUGUGGAGAAGCUGGAUGGAGUUCAUAAGGAGGAAGAGCUGCAGAGUGAAGGCAUCGAGCAUCCAGUCAUCAGUCACAGCCACCAUCGCCACGAACCUUAUCACUUCAAUGACCCGCACCAUUUCCACCACACUCAAGGCCAGAACCAGACCCUUUGAUGAAGCCCCACCCCCAUUAUACACACAAGCACCCCCAUUAAACUGUCAACAAAGCAUAACACUCAUGUAUUUACUGUAAUUCUACAUAUAGUUUGUUUGUCAUGUAAAACGUUUGCUGUUUAACAGUGUUGUGUCAUUCUGUCAACUGCACGGAUGUGGCACAGCGAGACAGGAAGGAAGUGGCUGUUCCUUAAAUAUCAAACUUAUUCCAGUCAAUGUUUUGUGAUAGGAAAACAUUGUGUCUUUUACAGGAGUUUUUGUCAGGUAUAUUAAUGGAUUUCAACUGACUUUUGACUAAUGUAAAAUAAUAUUAGGAAAACUUUUGGGAGGAGUGGAACAUAAUUUACUUGGUUUUACAAAAAUAAAUAUGGUGUAAUAGUGUAGUCAUAAAAAUAAUGCAUGUGUUUAAAUAUGGCGUCACUCAGCAUCAUAGAUUCAUGAUGUAUUGAAUUGAAUACUAAGACUUUCAGGUAAAGCGGUUACUGCAGUGGACAGCUUCACAUGUUAUCGGGUUCCAGGGUGCAUGAAAGUGUUAAAGUAUAUUAAAUUGUAUCAUUGCUGUAUUUUAUUCAUUGACAACAGUACACGAUUUCCCUCAAAAGUAUUAUUGGUAUGGCAUGCUAUCACACAUUAUCACAUGGUGUAACUUUUGAAAUGACGUCACCGAUAUUCAUUGCUUCUGUUUUGAGCUUCUGCUUCUACACAGGGUCGCUAAAUAAAGGUAACCCGCCGCACUGUU